AUGGGCCUCUGGACCUCAGGCACUGGUCUCUUCCUAAGGCUUUGGGGGACUUAUGUAUUUCCAAGAAGCACUGGCUGGACGGACUUCAUCCAACAUUUGGGAGUUUGCUGCUUUGUGGCUCUCCUUUCAGUGAGCCUCUUCUCAGUGGCCUUCUACUGGGCUCUGCAAUCAAUCACAGUGUUCUCUGCUGUCUGGAUGAUCACCUGUGCCCUUCUGUGCUGCUCCAAGCAUGCGCGGUGUUUCACUCUUCUAGCCUUCCUCUCCUGUGGCCUGCGUGAAGGCAGGAACGCUUUGAUUACAGCUAGCACAGGGGCAGUGAUCUUUGGACACAUAGAAAAUAUUCUUCAUAAUUUCAAAGGUCUUUUAGACAGUAUAACUUGCAACCUGAGGGUGAAGAGCUUCUCCAUACAUUUUCCACUUUUGAAACAAUAUAUUGAAGCCAUUCAAUGGAUUUAUGGCCUUGCCACCUCCCUGAAUCUAUUUGAUGAUCUCGUUUCUUGGAACCAGACCCUCGUGGUCUCUCUUUUCAGUCCCAAUCAUGCCCUAGAGGUCCAGCUGAAUGACACCAAAGGAGAAGUUCUGAGUGUCCUGACCCAUAUGAUGACCAUGACAGAGCUGUUGUCUUCCCUGGGCCAGAAGCUAUUGGCGCUUGUGGGGUUUCUGUUCAUCUUACUUGGCACUGGCCUCUUUAUGAAGCGAUUUUUGGGCCCUUGUGGCAGGAAAUACGAAAAUGUCUAUAUCACCAGGCAAUUUGUUCAGUUUGAUGAAAAAGAGAGGUGCCAGCAGCGACCCUGUGUCCUCCCACUGAAUAAGAAGGAAAGGAGGAAAUACAUUAUCAUCCCUUCUUUGCGGCUCACUCCUAAAGAAAGGAAAAACCUGGGACUGUUUCUCCUCCCCAUUGUGACCCAUCUGUACAUCUGGGUGCUAUUCGCAACUGUGGAUUAUCUGCUGUAUCGACUCAUUUCUUCAGUGAACAAACAGUUCCAAAGCUUGCCUGGGCUCGAGGUUCACUUGAAACUUCAUGGAGAGAAGCAAGGAACUCAAGAUAUCAUCCAUGAUUCUUCAUUCAAUAUAUCUGUGUUUGAACCCAGCUGCAUCCCUAAACCAAGGCUUCUUGUGUCUAAGACUUGGGUUCCUCUCAGUGUUAUUCUCGUGAUAGUAAUAAUCCUAGGACUACUGUCCUCCACCCUGAUGCAACUUAAAAUUCUCGUGUCAGCAUCCUUCUACCCCAAUGUGGAGAGGGAGCGAAUCCAAUACCUCCAUGCAAAGCUACUUAAGAAAAGAUCAAAGCAGCCACAGGGAGACGUCAAAAGGAAACGGAAUUUGUACUUUAAAAAGAUUCACUUCUGGCUUCCAGUCUUGAAAAUGACUAGGAAGAGACACAAGAGCAUUGCAACUGAAGAUGACCCAUGA